AUGCCCCCCACCAUCCUCACGGUACUGAGACGAAAAUGGCAGCCAGUGACCGUGACAUCCUAUGGUCCCCUCCCGAAUCGCCAGGAUGACUUGGACCCGGUACUGUCUACCGCAACGCCCACUGCUAGGGCUGGAGUCGAAUUCUACGAUCGCAGUCUAACAACUCGCAGAUAUGCCUUUGUUGGAUUGGCAUUCUCUAGUAUCAUCAGCUGCUGUUGCGUCGCUACAGGGGCCGUUAUUAUAGCAACUCAUGGAGUUUCUGGGGUGAUUCCGUUGAUGAAACUCGGAGGCGCCAUGCAACAUAGUACCCUACCAUCUGAGUUGUUGACACUGAUACUAAAUUUACUCGUCACAAUAUGCACCGAGGCCACAGGCUUUAUCCACAGCAUCUCGUUGCGCUUUGCGCUAGUCUCAGAGUCUCGACUUCGUUUCAACACGAAUCUGCGCCUUCUGACCGCGGCUCGUGGAUGGAGAAACCCUAAUGGUGCCCUGCUUAAUGGAAUCAUGGCUGUCCUCCUCAUUAUAUCCUACACCUUGACCUCGCUUGUCGUAUUUGACAACUCCACAUCAAACGGCUCAUAUGCGUCCGUUGCCAUUGCAGGGUUUCCUAUCCUUUUGUUAGGUGUCGCACUUCUUCUGCAGGCGGUCAUCGCAGUAUUAGGAUUGCGGGCUGUCGAAAUAUUGACGUGGAGUUCCUCACCUUUCGACCUCACUGCCGCUAUGAUCCAUCACAGGCAAUUCGCCCCGGUUCCUCACCAGUGCAUGCAGGGUGUGUCCGAGUCCGGCUAUCGUGAAUCAGGUCCAACGGAGCCGUCAAAGUCACAGCUUUCGGCAUGGCAUGCUCACUUUAGCAUCCGGACAGUCGUCAUUGCUCUCUGGGUGAUCGUAUAUGCAUGUGUCAUGUGGGUAGCUAUCUUGGGGUCCGUCUAUGGCAUGUCGCACCAUUUCCAGUGGUCACUCUUCCCCAAUAACAACCCUAUCCUCCAAUACCUGGCCUACCCGACUGUCAAUAUCCAGUGGUGGAUUAUAGCCAUUGUCAACCUUGCGGUUUUUCAAGCCCCGAUGACGCUUGGGCUGCAUUGCUCUGAGCUCAUUGCUAAUGUCAUCCAAAAUGAAAGCCAAUGGAGAUGUGCUACUGGAGAGAAGGGGCUUCAUACAGCCACGAACGCACUGAAGGCGCCUUUCGCUAGUCCGCUGGGGAUUGUCCUCCUCAUCCUAAAGCCUGCAUUACACUGGAUGUUUGGCCUUGGAUUCAACGCCCACGGAUCCGGUGAUGGCACUGCGCUUCACCAGGUUGAGUUAAAGAUGAAUUUCAUCCAGAUCUUGAACUUAUGUAUCGUGCUGAUUAUAUUUACUGGUUUUGUGAAUUUUGUUACACGGCGCCGACCACGCGGCCCUCAGCCGGCCACAUACGGGCACAUCCAGACGCUUGCUAACCUCGUGGACGCAUGGUCGCCUGUGAUGUGGUGGGGCCACAAGGAGGACGGACUAUAUUGUCACGCUGGUAGGGUAAUUAUGUGGUGGUCGCGAGGACGAUGUAUUAAAUGUUUUAAACAGGGACGAGCGAUCAUCCACUGCCAGAUGUGA